AUGAAGCAUGAGCAAAAGAUUAAAGAGACCAACGUUGAGCAAAACCACAUCGUUUCAAGCCCAACUCCUUACCGUUAUCCUAAUCCUCCUCACAACAGUGGACAAGAGGCAGCUAUGCCCCCAAGCUUUUUACCUUCAUUAUGGCAAGAGGAGGGACCAACCAUCAUGUUUAUGGAUGUUCUUAAUGCGAGCAAUGUUCAAGGAAGGAAUGAUGAUGGGAAUAUGGAAGAGGUAGCGGAUGCGACAAUGGGUUAUUAUGCAAAUAAGUUUCUUGCUACUGAGAAUUCCGCUCACGAGGAAUCUGCUAGUACGAUGUCGUUUUCCUCCCACACCAAAGCGUGCUCGGAACCAUCCUCCAACAAUCUCUAUCUUGACCUCACUCUCGGUUAAAUAUUGGACUUGUUUGUCAAAUAGCGGUUAAUAGAUAGUGUUAACAGUUAGCAAAUAGCAGUUUAUGUUAGCGAGUUUGACCAGCGAAUUGUAUUAGUGAUUUAUAAAA